AUGGUGGCCUCUUCAACCUCUUCUUCAGCUGUUGCUGACAAGUUAUCGACUACUCUACUUUCUAUUCCUUUAAAGUACACAUACCUUGCUAAACCCACCUCCAACCCAGAUAAAAACCAAACCGUCUACUACGAGACUGCAACCACUAGCACUAAUAGCACCAUCUGGAGACCCGUGGAUACCAAGGAUACCUCGGACGAAUUCAAGCAGACUUUGAAUGCAACAACUUUUACGGAUAACCUUCCCUCUCUUCGCACUGUCACCUCUGCAAUUUCCACCGAGGGUCAAAUCAAAGCCCGCCUUGUGGAAGACCGUAUCUUGGAAAACACCCUAACCCUCAACCUUGCAGGCCCAAGCAACUUGGUUUCUGCUGAACGUGCCCGAGUUUUGCGUUCCUAUUACCAAGUCGAGCGCCGCCAUAUCGGCCUUGACGCCCAAGAUAUUCUAAAUGCCUCUUCAACAGAUAAUGAUGAUGAAUCUAUCUCAACUUCUGACGAAAAUAACGAAGAUGCAACCACAAAUGAUGGUAACAGCAGUGGAAGCAACCUUACACAAAAAAAACCAGUUAGGAAAAGUGCAGCAGCUGCUGCUAAAAAAAUUAGCAAAACAGGUGACCCCACAGUGGCCGCAGAACGUACAGCUGCAUCAUCAACUUGUUUUGCUCAGGCUUCUAAAAAAUUCAAACCCAAGUUCCUUAACUACUUGGAUGAAAUUGCAGAUUAUUGCGGAGUCUCUAUCUUCGUGACAGAUUUUAUUGACAAGAUUCCUUAUGGCAUUGGAUACCACACCGAGCUUAACUCGGAGUCAGCAACCAAGCCCUACCAUAUUCUUAUUUACGGUGACCAGGAUAGCGCCAGAUUCGCACAAUUUAAGGUAAAGAUCAUUCUUGAAGAACUCCGAGGCAAAUUCAUUGAUUCUAUUCCCCUUGAGCUCUCACUUCAGCCAUUGGUUGCUGGCCCCCACUUGACCAACUUUAAAUACAUUGAACUCCUCACUAAAACUAAAAUUGUUGUUCCGGAAUGGCUACCUGAACUUUUCGCCACGCUGGCUCCAAACCCUAAUGCUCGCAACCUGAAUGAAAUCUACAUUACCGGUGAAGAAUUCCACGUCCUUCUUGCAAAAAUUAUGCUCAAUGAUAUAAUCUCUCGCACUCAGCCUUUGGUCAAAGACUGUGUCAUUUCCUUUGCUAAAAUAGAUUUACUGAGCUUACGAUUCCAAGAUAAUUUGAGAAAAAUUAUGACCACCCACGGUACUUUUAUCCAAAUACCUUAUCUUGGCGCAGCCCGUGCCGUUAUCCGCGUGCAAAGCACUUCGGCCCCCAUUUGUGCACUAACAAUUAACGAGCUCAUGAGCCUCACAACCCUUCUUUAUAAUGCAACUUAUUGGGUCCACACAGGAGAAUCGGAUGCCCAAGGAAGAUUGCUCCAACCAAAUAUCCCAAUUGAUUUUGAUAUCUUGGACAGAAUUUCCGCAGGCAGUGGUGCAACCGUUGUUUGCAAAAAUACUUCAUUUGAUAUUAUUGGCUUUAAAAGUGAUACUAAACGUGCUGUAGCCAUGAUUAAGAGUUUACCAAUAUGGGGGAACACCAAAGAACAAGUUAGAUACCGUGUCGAACUUUCUAAUGAACAACGGGAAUUUAUUUCAGGUAAAAAGAAUGGUAAAAUCAUUCGCAUAAUGAAUACUUCACGUGUUUGGAUCAAGCUUUUACCCUUUAACGAAUAUAACUUUUACGUUGACAUUUACUCUGAGCACUCCCCUGAAGCUACUAAUGGCUUGAAGCUUUUGGAAGAAGAACUACCUGCCGAGCUCGCCUUUUACAUUCCAGAAACUUACCACAAGAAGGUUAUUGGUGCUGGUGGUUCUACUGUCCAAGGUAUUAUGAGAAAAUACAAUGUAUUUAUUAAGUUUUCCAGCGGCUACGACGUCAAUCCUAAUGGUUACACUCGAUUGAAAUCCUCAAAUGUUUUGAUUCGUUGUCCCACUAAAAACUCAAAGGAAAUGGAGCCUGCCAAAAAUGAGCUUUUGGAAACAGUAUUUGAUCGCAGUCAAGAACAUGGUACCACUUUUGUCAAGCUUUCUCGCUCAUACAUGCGUAUUCUUCUUUCCCAUCAUACCGAUUUCAUUUCUGAAAUUGAAGGCAAGUCUAAUACAAUUAUUAAAAUGCCCACCGAGGAACAUUAUGAGGAUUUGGAACAACGGCUUGAGAUUCGUGGUCUUAUGGGUACCUCUGAUGCAGCUGCUCGCUUGCUUAAAACCAAACUUCCCGAGGACUACGAGUUUAAGGUUGCUUACUCCUCAAAGUUUCAUGAACUUGUCAAUGAAGACCAAGGAGAGUUUUACCAAAAGGUUGUUGUACCUUUCCGUAUUGCUCUCAAGAUUGAGACCCUUGUUAAUGAAAAACCUGAAUACACUUCUGAAGAAGCUCCUUAUCAUCAGAUCUUGUUGAGUUUUGCUCAAGAAAACUCGGUGGGCUUGGAAGAUGCCAUCCAAGUUCUCACAGCCUACCUCCGUGACAAGGGACUCGAUAUUAUUGACCGUGGUGAAUAUCAUGUUGAUCCUAUUAUCCCUGGUGUUGCUGGUAUCCCGGUUCCGCCCAGUACCAUGAAGCGUCGCAUGAGAGGUGGGUCUAUGAACCACCACCACCACCACCACAAUACUCAUCAUCACAAGGGUGGCUAUGACUCUCGCGAUAAUAACAUGGGUGGUGGUUACCACAGAGACCGUUUCCGUGGGCAUCCUGGCCGUGGACCCCCUGGUCGUUUCAGAGGACGCAGUGAUGGCGGCAAUGGUGGAUAUGAACGUCACCAUAAGGGUAUUGACAAUGGCCACCACGGCCGUGACUCGGGAGCCAUGUCUUACCGCCACGAAGAUAUUCGCAACUCUUCGCAUCCAUACCGCAAGAGCCCAAUGUCUACACCUCCUUCGCAACGCAGACCAUCAUCAAACGGACCCUACCAGAGAUAUGGAUCAAGCGGACCCCCAAGUGAUAACAGUUCUCCUGUACCUCCUCCUCUCGACCCUCCUCCAAUGGGUGGUGAGGUUGUUAGCCAUGGAGGGCCUCCAAAUCACCUCCUUCUCACUACCCCCCCUCCUCCUCCUCCCCCCCAACAGCAGCCGCAGCAACAACAGCACAAUGGUCACCACCAUCAAAUGUCGCAGCCUCCAUCGCAGCCUUCCCAUACAUACUCGUCACCUCCUAUUCACCACCAGCAAGGCCCUCCUCUUCCUCCUCAGGGCCCGCAAAUUCAGUCUUCCUAUGACCACCGCUCAGGUGGAUACCCACAACAGCAACAGCAGCCGCAGCAAUCCUCACGCUACUACUCUAACCAGUCCAUGGGACAGCAGCACCAUCCUUCUCACCAAGGACGUGGCGGUAGUGCUGGUGGAAGCCGCGGUGGAUAUUAUAUGGGAAACGACAAUGGAAUUAAUGUUGGACCUUCAAACGGUGGUUACCAAGAUAUGAAUGGCCCCAUUGGCAACGGCCGUGGCCGGUACCAGCAACAGCAGGGCAUGCACCGUGGUGGGCCUCCUCCCCCACCCCCUCCUCCUCCGUCUAUGCAAGAGGAACAUCACUGGGGUGGUAACAAGAUGGGAGGCAUCAAUGGGCCGGCUACUGACAGAUAUGGGCGUCAGCUUGACCCACUUCCUCCACCACCACCACCACCCUCUGGGCCAUCUAAUAACGGUUAUGAUUAUGAUCAGCGUGGGUCUCGUGGACGGUAUGGUUAUUAA